AUGCUGCAGACAGUCCAAUGGUACCUGACCAAUGAAUCAUCCGAACUUGCUUUUAAAGGCAUCACUCCGCGAAUCUGGGGAAGUAUGGGUUUCAAGUUUCUGCCUUAUUUCGUGCUUUGGCACGACAUGGCGUCGGCUCCACCUUACGGGGAACCUCCAGCAACUCAAGUUAAAUCCAAGCUCGACAAUUUGAGUCGCGAUGAUCUAAUUCGCUUCUUGAAGAAGCAACUUGAACAUGUACGUUUGUCGAAAAUCGAAAUCGAUAACCUAAAGGAACUCCUUGAUCAAAAAGACUCAACGAUCCGUGAACUUGAAUGUGAAAUUGCAUCAUUCAAGGAGGCGUCUACAGCUGUGCCUGAUGGAAUAAGUAUCCAUUCUCCGGCUCACCUCGAGAAUGGAGAAUGUGUGAAUUCGAUCAGUGAGGCUCUGCAAGAGGGAAAUUGUGAACUGAAAUCUGAAAUUGCAAGGUUGAGAAAGGAUCGUAUUCGUAUCGAAGAUGAUCUCGCCGCUGCUCUUGGAGCUAAUGCUGAACUAAGAUCCAAGCUCGACGAUGCUGUUCAGGAGGCGACUGCUCUUAGAGAGCAACAGACUGCUGCUGAUGUUUUUUCUUUGGAGCUGAAAGACUACGAGAAAAAGAUGGUUCAUCUCAACAAGUCAUUGAAAGAAACGCAGACGGCUCUUGAAGUAUGCACUGCCGAAAGAAAUGAGCUCAUUCAGCAGCUCAACACUCACAAAAACUCUUCUGAUCGCGUGAGCACUGAGUGCUCCACUUUGAUGACUCAAUUGCAUGAAGCCAAACAAGAAUUGGCUGAAGAACAACGUCGUGCAACUGAACUGCAAACGUCGUUUGAUCGCCUCCAAGACAAUUUCAAUGUUCUAGCGGCUGCAAGAAACGAUGAAAGGGUGGCCUUUGAGGAGAAAAUCGCUCAAAAUGAAACACUUAUGGAUUUGAUGCGGAAAACUACCGAGCAGAAACAGAUGGAAUUUCGUAGCAUCAUGACCGAGAAAGAAUUGCUGAAGACACGGCUCGAAGAUUUAGAAAACGACUAUGAGUCGUAUAAGUCUCGUGCUCGCUACGUAUUGGAACAAAAAGCUCAGAGCUCUACUGAACAAUUACAUCUCCAACUUGAUCUCAGUGCCGCAAAUGACGCUAUCUUGGAAUUGAAACAAUCUCUGGAUGUUUUGCAAUUUGCCCAUGACGGGGUGUUGAAGGAAGCCCGUAGGGAUCGCAUGCUUCGUGAGAAGGCCGAAACAGCUGUUCGCGUUGCCAAAACUCAGACUGUGGAAAUUCUUGAUCAGAUGGCAAGCGUACGUGAAGAAUUGUUCAAUAGUAAUGUAAUGCUAAAGGAUCGUAUCAACGAGUGUGUGGCGUAUCAGAGACAAAUAUCCGACAUGGAAAAGAAAAUGUGCAACGAAAACAAAGAAAAUGCCCAGAUAAUACAAACCCUAAAGGAGGAUAUUGCGAAAAGAGAGCGUGUUGAAUCCGAUCUUACCUGUGAAGUGAAGAAGGCAAAGAAACGUUACCAGCAAGCUAUGAACAUGCUUGAAGACUGGAAAAAUCUGAGAUCUCGUCCUUCUUCGGCUGAUGCUGCUCCUCAAACAAGUGCAAAUGAGCGUCUUGCGGAGCUUCCUCCAGUGUCUGCUGCUGAAGCAGCUUUGAAAGCUUCUGUAUAUACUUCUGUAGAGCCUGAGAUCCAGGAGGAAACCCUUGAGGAGAUUCUUUUUGGCGAGGCUGCUGGUAGUCCUGAACCAUGUUCAGAAAAUGCGUUCACUAUGACAUCGGUACCUAUUUUGACUGAAGAAAUAGAGCGCCUCAAUAAGAACCUACAACAUGCUCGAGAGCUUCUGAAUGAAACUGAGGCGACAAAUGCCACCCUCGUGGACCAGAGCCGUUUGUUGAAGGAGGAGAUUCGCCGUCUUCAGAGAAAUGAACAACGCCUUUGUCAUGUAGAAAACACAGAGUAUCUUAAGAAUAUUAUCAUGAAGUUCUUGAGUCCGGAGCGCGUUUCUGGCGAACGGCAGCAGCUUAUUCCGAUUCUAAGUACAAUGCUGCAGUUGUCUCCCGAGGAGGUUGAGAACCUUAAUCGGACCGCUGCUGAGGAUGGUCCUGCAGGUCACGAGUCUGACAAUUCAUGGGGCUCUUUUCUUCGUUGGGGUCGUCUCAACUGA